AUGGACACGCCCGAGCGAGCCAAGGCCAUGAUGGAGCCUGUGGUGAAGUCGGAGCUCGAUCCAUCCAGAAACUCACGGAUCAUAGCCAACAACAUUCUCACGGCGCAGGUCAACGUGCCUCCGCUGUACGCCAGUAGGGAGUACCUCAGAUUCAUCGCCUACGCCCACGAAAUGGUCCGGUCCCAACAUCUGGGCGGCAUUGGUCACUCUUCCAAGUUUGAGUUCCAAUAUACACCGGCCAUCGGUAAGAUGACCGAGAUGUCGGUCUUUGGCCCAAGCGGUUCGCCAAUGCGAAGUAUCAAGACCGUAAUAGCCACGCUCAUGGUGCUUAUGGCGUUGCUGUUGGUUAGUAAUCUCCUGUAUCCGUGGAAGAAGAUUGCAGCGCGUAGACUGGGCGAGCUCGCGAGGCCUGGCGAGCAAGGUCUUCAGGGACUGUUGUGA